GGCAAGUGGGCUUCUGUGUGUUGGUGCAAUGCAUCUCACGCCGCUUCCCAUGCUUUCCGCGGUGUACGGCGGGCAGUCUCCGCCGCGGCCGUGCGGCUGAAGUGACCCCACGGCGUCUUCACUUUCUGAGCCUCGUGCAUCGUUCGGCCCGCGCUUGGGAAAUCGCGCCGUUGCGGAUGGUGGUCACUUCUGCACCGCCGAAUCAAAGAAAAAGCGAUGCAUUGGGCCUCUUUGCGGCGGCCCACGAUAGCGCGCGGCACUCGGAUGCUGCUGCGCAGCAGUGGGGGAAACGUGGGGCGCGAAAAAGAGGGGCGCAAGGAGGCAGGCCGAGAGUAGUCGGCCUGCGGGACCCGCCUUCAAGCGGCGUCCGUGAGCGGCGGGGAUCCGACUGCAGGAACGCGCAGCCGGUGCAGUGCGGAGAGGGCACGCAACGAGCGAUUUGCCUGGGCGGCCGCUUGGGUGUGUUGCGGUUCGUCUUCUUCGCUCACGCCGGCGCCCACAGGCGCGUGGGAAGGAGAAACGGGGCGUGGAUGGAACUGGCGCCCGGAGGGGAAAGGGCGACUGCGCGCGGCUGCUCCCUUGGCGGUGCGGCAUCUCUCCCUUUGAGCGCGGAUGCAGCAACCUCCGCGACGCGGCAGGCAAGCCCCAGGAGAGGAGACCUGGUCCGUUUUGCUCUAUACGGUUGCGAGAGCACGGAACAACCCUUCCGCAACUUCAACUCCCCUCGGCCGCGAAGGAAGUGUUGUCGCGAGGGAUCAUGUUGCAUUUUCUCUUCAUUUGGCUUUUGCAUAAAUACGUACAUCUGCGACCUUACAGACAUGGUUGCGAAAGCUACUUUGUGCUUUUAUUUCUCCUCCCUCUUUUAUGUAAAAGUAGCACCGUGGCAUCGGCAGUUUUAUUCG